AUGGUGACAGGAUUAGAUAGUGCCUUUCCAGACAUUUAUAUCAAGAGUGGAAAGAAGAUCAAACGUCUUGGAGGCAAAGAAUGUUUCUACAUUCACGAAAAAGUCAUUAUUAAUUGUCAAUUGUACUUACCCACAGGAUUUCAAGUGAUGUUAUCGAAGAACUUGACUCUAGCUUUAGGGUAUUUGAACCAUCGAGAUCUCGUACCAGCCCUUUAUCGCACCAGUAGUCCUACAUCUGUUCAACUAAAUAAGAACCAGAGUGUGACCCUUACAGCUACCACCACCACGAUACGACGAAACGACGAAUUGGUAUGGGGAAUGUUAAGCAAGCAUUCGUUUCAAACCAUGUAUGUCUACUCUGAUCUAAUAGAGUCCUUAGUGGUAGGGGAUUUACAAGCCAAUCUGCUGCGUAUGAUAUUACCUCGCGGUCAGCCGGGUGAAAUGGUAGCAGACGAAAUCAAACGCCCUACCUAUCAUCGAUUGCGAACAUCUAUUUUCUCCUCGGUGGAAAUGAAUGUAAGAAGCGACACAGGUCGACUGAUAUCAUUUGCGUCUGAUGCUGUCAGAGUAACAUUACACUUUCGACGAAGGACAAUUCUGUACGAUGCUUCUACCAAUGAACCACCAAUUUUAUCCUUAUCAGCGCUAUGUGAUUCCUAUUGCGCAACGAGGUAAAGGAGAUAUUAGUAUGUAUGGAGGAACACACCCGUAUGGUCAAGGUGGAAAUGGAUUUGAAGGAAUGUUUCGUUCUCUCUUUCGCACAGCAACACCUCUUCUCAAGACCGCUGCAAAGAAGGUGGGAAAACGGUUACUGUCCACUGGAUUAGACACAGGAGUGCAAAUUGCUCAAGAUGUUAUGAAUGGGCAAUCACUGAAGAAAGCAGCGAAAACGAGAGCAAAAGCUGCCGGAAAACAAUUUUUCACUGAGGCCUUUCGGGACAUGAUGCAACAACAAGGGCGUGGAAAAGUAUAUAAACGCAAACGAAAGGCGAAUUCUGUCAGUACAAGACAAGUCAAAAAAGCGAGAACAUCGUCAGCAACGUUCAAGACUAUUUUUGACUGAGUAUGGCUUCAGCACAUCCCUUCUCUGCUCCAGGAGUUAACUCCAGUUUGCAGUUAUUCGAAGUGCCGGUCACCGAUGUUUCUAUUGUCAGAAGUAAAUGGGUGGACUAUGAACCAAGUCAGAGUGGCACCAAUCCCAUGGAAUUUGUGAUCAAACCUCUGUCCGAUUAAAUCGACAUUAACAAGACUGAACUUCGUCUGGUGGUGAAAAUUACAAAACGAAACGGAGGUGAGACAGGAGCUGGGAAGAAAUAUACGUUGAUCAACAACGCUCUUCAUUCUAUCAUCAAACAGUUCACUAUCAAGAUCAAUGAAACCCUUGUCACAGAACAAUCAGACACAUAAGCCUACAAUGCUUAUAUCAAGACCUUACUUAACUUUACUGAUCAGGCCAAGAAAUCUUACUUGACAAAAGCGUUGUACUACAAAGACACUGCUGGGCAUAUGGAUGAGGUGGAUAAUACAGCAGAUCGAAAUUUGGGUCUAAAAAAGAGAGGUUCUUUUACCACUGGAGAUGCUGAAGUUGGAAUGGUUGGUGUACCCCUGUGUGAUGUAUUCAACCUUGACAAGUUACUGUUGGAUGGAUUGGAAAUCAAAAUCAAGAUAGAUCUUAACAGCAGUGAGUUUAGUCUGAUGGGUGGUGAAGAUGCCAACGAUUGCAAGUUACAAAUAGUGUCAAGCACGCUCCGUGUACGUACUGUUCAUGUGGCAGACAGCACUAAAUUGGAUCACGUAAACACCAUGACGGGUCAGAAGGCACUUCCUGCAAUCUAUACACUAACAAGAACCCCUUACGCAUGCUAG